AUGCUGGGCGACUCCUGUGUGGACUUGGGCCAGGGCUUCCCCAACUACGAUCCUCCCGACUUCGUCGUGCAGGCUCUUCGCGACGAGCUGGAUGGCACGGGCAAGGGCAAGGUUCGCACCCGCCACCAGUACACCAGGACGGCAGGGCACGUGCCUCUGGUGGAGGUCUUGGCUGAGCGGUACAGCGGCCACCUAGGUCGGCCGCUGGAUGCCCUCAAGGAGGUCGCUGUUACAGUGGGCGCCACGAAUGCUCUCUUUCUCGCGAUGCAGGCGGCCUUGUCGCGGUCUCCCGAAGCGAGAGAGAUCGUCGCCCUGGAGCCUUUCUUCGAGCUUUACCGUUCCCAGGCGCACGGCUUGGGAGCCGACUUCCGCAGUGUUCCGCUACGUUUCGACGAGGCCAAGCAUUCUUUCGAGCUGGAUAUCGAGGCCCUGGCAUCGUCCUUGGGCCCGCAGACGGCGGCCUUGAUCGUCAACACGCCGCACAAUCCCACUGGCAAGGCCUUCGAAGAGUCCGAGCUGGAGGCCAUCGCCGAGUUGGUGCGCCAACAUCCCAACAUCCUGGUGAUCAGCGAUGAGGUCUACAAGUACAUGAUCUUUGACCCGCCACCCAGCGGGCUGGCGAAAGCUAAGGACAUGCCAGCAGGCCACAUCCAUUUCGCCCGGCUUCCGGACAUGUGGGAAAGAACGCUGACCGUGGCAGCCUUGGGGUGA